AUGAGUCGCGGCGGCAAGCUUGCUCCAGAAGUCAACCGUGAGUCCCGCGCCAGCACCAGCAACACCACCACUACCCAUCUGCCCAUUCCCCCCUCCACCCCGCCAACCGCGAAUGCAUAUCCAAGUCCCGCGGCAUGCGAUAUACUGACCCAUCGCGCGAUAGGAGCUUUGUUCAUCAAGAAUCUGAGCUACAGCGUUUCCACCGAGGAACUCUUCGACCUCUUCGGUAUGAAUGCGGAAAGAGCGAGCGACCACUAUGGUAUCUGGGGGACAACUAUUAACUUAUCGCUCUCAGGCAAAUUCGGCCCCAUCCGCCAGAUCCGCCAGGGCAUCGCGACCAACACCAAAGGCACCGCCUUCGUCGUCUACGAGGAUGUCAUGGAUGCGAAGUCUGCCUGCGACAAAUUGAAUGGCUUCAACUUUCAGAAUCGCUAUCUCGUAGUCCUCUAUCACCAAGUGAGUGUCCACAUCCACGUACUCCGCCAGGCGCAAUCCGCGACUUCAUAUACUGACCCUCAAUGUAGCCUGAGAAGAUGGCCAAGAGCCAAGCAGACCUCGCCGAACGCCAGGAGAACCUAGAAAAGCUCAAGCGCCAGCACGGUAUCGACUAG